UGCCCGCGCCCGCCGAGGAGCAGAACGGCACCGACAGCGCCAAGGCUCCCAAGGUGAACUGCGAGGAGAGGAACACGACGGGCAUGGAGCGCUUCACGCUGCAGAUCCUGAACGUGUCCCAGGACCUGAUGGAGUUCCUGAACCCAAACAGCAGUGACUGUACAUUGGUCCUGUUCUACACACCGUGGUGCCGCUUCUCUGCCAGCCUGGCACCUCAUUUUAAUUCCUUGCCCCGAGCGUUUCCAGCUCUUCGCUUCCUGGCAUUGGAUGCGUCCCAGCACAGCAGUUUAUCAACUAGAUUUGGAACUGUGGCUGUACCAAAUAUCCUCCUUUUCCAAGGUGCCAAACCUAUGGCUAGAUUUAAUCAUACAGACAGAACGCUGGAAACCCUGAAAGACUUCAUCUUUAACCAGACAGGGAUAGAAGCUAAAACCAACGUGGCUGUGACAGAGGAAGACUGGGAAGGGCCCCUGCCAAGCGUUCUGACAAAGGGCAUAGACUGGCUGCUCCUGUUCUCUGUGCUCUUCCUGGCUGGCUUUGUCAUGUAUGCCACCAUCCGCACUGACAGCAUCCGGUGGCUCAUCCCGGGACAAGAGCACGAACAUCAGGAAUAACCUCCGAUGUUCAAACAGGGACAACAUUCUCCACUUAUUGGUAAAGUGGGAAUUUCUGUGGACUAGAGGUACCUGAGAAUGAACUGUUGAAUCUGUUGGCUGUAAUUUAUAAUAAUGACUAGAAAUUGGCUUUAUUUAUCAACUGCUGAAUCUGUAACAAGCACAUUUGUGGCGAUUACAAUGGUAAGUAAACAAGUACGAAAAAACAUGAACUAAAAUUUUUAUUAAGCUGCUCUGAUUGACUUCUUUUUAAUGGAAUUUGAUGUAAUUAGUGGUACAGUUCUAAUUUGUAGAUCAGGGAAGAUUUUUACAGCACACUGGUCUGUAUGUGCUGUGUACACGCUUGCUUGCGUGGCACUGCAAGAAAAACACUGGUGAGGGGAGGUGUUGAUAUAUUGGUUUCCCUGUCCAUAAAAUGAACUAUGAAGAUGUUUUAAAUGAUAUUUCACUCCCAUGGAAGCGACUGUUCCCACCUCUGGCACUGGAGUUCAGUGCUGGUUUUCUCAUUCACUUUGCUCUGAGUUUUGACUUAUUGGCAGUUCUUUAUGAGAUUUAGAGUCACUUCCCAAGCUCACCUCACUAUUUCUGUGUGUGUAUAUAACUUAUUUACCACAUUUCUGUUGGAUGAAAUUGUAUUAAUUGUCCUUUAUAAAAUAAAUAAAUCAGGUUUUCAGUGUAACCUUUUAAGUCGCUUUCUUUCAGAAAUAAAAACAUGUAAUUUCUGAAUUAUAGCUCACCUGCCUAAAUUAGCAAGACCAGUCUUGAUGUUUAUUUAAAUUUCCAGUACCCUGUUUGCUAGUUCCACA